AUGGCCCCGGACCUCCUCAAAUCCUCAGCAGCCCUGCAGCGAGUCACCCUUCCUCCCGUCAAGGGCGUCCAGCCCACGCAGGGACAGGGCAGCGGAGGAGGCGGGGCCCGGGCGCGCAGACCACGCGGAGGAGGUUUGGCGGUAGGGCCCGGAGAAGGAGAGCUGGGGGCCCCCAGGCCCAGCUCAGGCCCUGGCGGGAGCCUGCUUCCAGCUCUCCGGGCGCUCGGAGGCAACAGGGCCCUGGGAGGGGGUGCAGUCCCCGCCCGGGAAGCCCGGGGCGGGGGGCUGCUGUGGCGGCCGCAGGGGGACCCCUUGGCAGAGCCACAGUCUGAGGGCGGCUUCCGUGCCUCACCCGCCCCCAGUGCCGCAGCUGUUGCUGGACACGAGGCCGAUGAUCUGUUCCAGCUUCUGGCGCAGCUUCUGCUUCCGGCAAGAGGCGUCCAGGUCCAGAGCGCCAGGAAUCCGGUCCUGAAGCCCGCGCGUCUGUCUUCCCUGCCCACCUGCUCUGCAGUCACACACCAGGCAGAGACAGAAUUGUUCCUAGUGGCCAUCACCCAGACUUUUACCUGGAUAAAACACAAAGGCCCUCAGGGGUCCAACCAGCGGUCUCACCUUGACAACUCAACUGCCCUUGCUGUCUCCAGCCACUCUCCCCAAACCAGGCCUCGUGUUCAGGUCUCUCUGUCUUCUUCUCUGGCCGGUUCUUCUUUCCUCCCAGGGAAGCAGGCGGAGCGCCCGCCCAAGCUGAGUCACAAGGAAAGCCUCAGCUCGCCCCUCCUGCAUUCUGUGGCGACCAGACAGCCCCACGACGAGUGAGUCUUGUCGUUACUGCCCCAGUCUGGAGUUCCUUCCCCAAAUGUCACAAGUACGGUUUGAGCCACCGAGGAAGGUUGUGGUGCAUGUUACCCCAGACUGCCUCUGGCCUUGUGGACGGAUGUGUUUCCAGCGCAUAUCGACAGAAACCAGAAGCCAUGGUGAGAGGCGACCCAACCGUCAUCUCGGAAUUCCUCCUCCUGGGACUGUCCGAGGUGCCUGAACAUCAGCCCCUCCUCUUCUGUCUGUUCCUGUGCACGUACCUGGUCGCUGUGGUGGGGAACCUGCUCAUCGUUCUGGCCAUC